AUGUUAAAUUUAAGAUAUUAUUCUAUAAAUUGUAUUAAAUGUAAUAAUAUAAUUAAUAUAAAUAAAUUUUUUUGUAAUAAAUGUAAUUGGCCAUUGGAUAAUAAAAUAUUAAAUAAUAUAAAUUUAUAUAAAAUAUUUCAAAUUAAAGAAGAAUAUAAUAUUGAUAAAGAAAAUUUGAAAAAUAUAUAUUUGAAUUAUCAAAAUAUAUUACAUCCAGAUCAUAAUUAUGGAAAAAGUAAAGAAGAAUUAAAUAUAAUAACAAUAAAUUCAAGUUUAAUAAAUAAAUAUUAUAAUAUCUUAAUUGAUGAUAAAAAAAGAACUGAAUAUCUUUUUAAAAUUAAAUAUACCAAUCAUAAUUUUGAUGAAGAAAUAGAAAAAAUAAAAAAUAAUGAAUUAGAAACUAUAAUGGAAUUAUAUGAAAAUAUAGAAAAAAAAGAAACAAAAGAAGAAAUAAUAAAUAAAAUAAAUCAAUCAAUAGAAUUAAUUAAUAAAUCAUUUCAAAUUAAUGUUAAUAAAAUAUAA